AUGACCUACAAUUACUUCAUGGAUGCCGAACGUCUCUCAGAUAGUCAACUGGUCUCCCCGCCAGCUUCGGAUACGAUCGAGCAGGUUGAAGUGGUAGAACGCCGAAAUGAACGUGAACGUAAACGUGUCCAUCAGGUGAACCAAGGAUAUGAAUUGCUAUCUAGAAAGGUGCCAUACUCAAAGUCUAAAUCGAAAAAGUUGACGAAAGUAGAGACUUUACGAUACGCCGUUCAAUACAUACGGCACUUGGAACGUCUUCUGCGCGACUCCGAGAACACCUCCUCUUAUCCAUCAACUAAUGAGAAUUCACCAACAACGAAAAACACACUCAAGGAAAUCACAUCAAGCACUCCAACAACUGAUCCAUAUUGGCGAUCAUUAACGUUGAACCUUUCGAAUCAUAACAUGUUCGAUUCGCCAUAUCCAUAUCACACAUCAGCACAUCUUUAUCCACCCUGCUUCAAUUUUAGACAAAUCAAUGAUUGA